UGUUAUUGGGGAAAUUUGGACCAUUCCACUGAGAUUGGAGUUUGCUGUGAACUAAGAAUCAGUAAUGGCCUACCAUGAUUUAGAUGGAGAGGCAUCAGUCUUGGUUGAUUCCAGCAAAACAGAUGAUGUGGGUUUUUCCCCUUUGGGCUCACUUGUGACUCGUAAGUUUUAAAAGACAUAUUGACAGUAUUUUGUAUGGAGUAUACAAGUUUUUUUAUAGUAUUUGUGUUUUGCCGUGUUUGCCCUCUGUGAAGUGGUAAUUCCAAGUAUAUCCCUAAAUGCCCGGCAAAGCAUUUGAAUGGAUUGCAUCAGCCAUUGUGGAAGAUUUCCCAUUUUAGACCAGGAGGAAUUUGUGGGGUCAAACACUGAACAAUGAAAGAGUUUCUUGCUCAUUGAGAGGCCAGUGGAAUCCAGUGGCAGUUUAGGGUUUGAAUUGUAAAUCAAACCUGUCAUCUCCUUGUGGACUGUGAAAAACCUCUACUCACUGCUUUAUACAACAUUUGGGUUUGUUAUUAGGGUUUUGUAUUGUUUUCCAAAAAUUUGAAGGGAAAUUAGACUCUUGAGGCAUUUGUUCACUGAAGCUGAACUUUGGAAAAGAGGAACAAAAAAGUAGUACUAUUUGUAAAGAAACUCUUAAAUGAUUAGACAGCUCCCUCCACAAUUAUUACUGUAUUUAACCAAAGAUAUGGGCUCACUCAGUAUUACUCAAAAGACCCUCUCUGGGUGCCAUACACAAUCCACACAUGGUUAAUAGACUGGACUCCAGUGGUUUCAGUGUCUAUGACAGUAUUAAUAGACUGAAUUCAUAAUGAAUUAGUAAUUUACAUGUGCAAUUUAAUGAAAACUAGCCUGUUACUUUCACCAAAAGCAACUUUGACUUUUUUUUUUCAUUGAAUCUGGUGAGAUUUUUUUUCUCUGGUCAUAACUGGGAACAGGUGGAAUUAUAGGCCUGCAUAACCUCUUGCCUUGUUGAAAACUUGGCUAUGGGCCAAAAAGUUUGAGGACCACUGCCUUAGGAGUAGGAAAAAAGCAAGCUGUUUGAGACGGUUUAUUGUGAUGAUUCAGGAUUCAUUACCCAUUCCACAAAUAUUUAUUGAACGCCUACUAUGGCAGCUCUCUGCAAGUGAAGCCUGGAGUAUGGAGGUUGCCAAGCAAAACCAGGUUCAUUAAAACAUCCCAGCUAGUAAAACAACUGAAUGGGAAAUGAGAAGAUGAGGCCUGACUUCUGAGGACCAAAUGCGGAACAACCUGGCUAAAAUCAUGUCUGAGUAAUUUGCCCCCCACUUGAUGUAUGAUAAAAGAAUAUACACAGGGCUUUAGUAGAAGUCUGUUUGAGAGAAUAAUUAUUACAAUAUGUGCUUGAAAAGAACCAUAAUGAUAGACCAUAAAAAUAGAUCACGGCUCUUGACUAAUACAUCAAACCAGACCAUGCUGGUUGAUAAAAGUAAUGAAGCCUGUGUGGUAGAGUGCUACUAUUUAGUAAAACUUUCACCAACACCCACAUAGAAUGGAAUGAGCAAGGGUAUGCUGUUUACAGAGGGUAAAUAUGGGAACACAGAGCAUCAGAGCAUCAGAGUUUCACACACACACACACACACACACACACACCCCCAUAUAUGUAUAUACACCCACUCAGACCCUAUUAAUCGCUGAAAACUUCUUUAAUUUUAACAAUUGCCAUUCUACCUUAGGACUUAUUAUGCCAGUAGUACAUUGCCAAAACCUUUUUUUCAUAGAUCCAUAGCAUGUAAUAUAUUGACACAGAUUCAUUUAUGUUUAAAUAAUAAAAUAAUACAAUAACUGGUAACUCAGUUGAACAUGAUAAACUGAACUCUAUUUGAAGGCAGACUCAGCAGUCUGCUGAUCAGCCCUAUUCCUCUAAAUGUGGUGUUCAGACAAUGAAGGCUUGAUAAGACAGCGUAAAUCUAUAGGGCUGAACUUUUUUUAAAAAAACUAAUCAUUGGUCCAGUCUCCUACCACUAGCAUCAUAUGACCGUGAUAUUUACUGCAGUUCAUAUGCAAAUUAUAUCCAAUAAUUAAAAUAGGUUAGGUCAUGUUGACAUAAAGCAGAAUUGCUAAACUUACUGUUAAGGGCCUGAAUGUACGGGAAAAGUCAGCAUUUAGGUGGACUAAGGUUUGGGACAGAGUUGUGAAUAUAGCUGAAAAAUACUUCUUUGUCAUACUGAUGUGACAAGGCCUGGUCAGUCUCUCUCUUCUUUUUAGCUUAUUAAUUAAUCCCUUUAACCUCCAGCAGUAGCACUUCCAAUCUUGACCACUUCUAUUGGCUGGACAUUAAUGAUCAUCACUACUUCUUUCAGAUGUAAGCCAUACAUGUAUUUAUAUGGCACUUUUUCAGAACUUUUUCAUUUUACUGUCAUGUAAUCUUAAUAUUGGUUAAUAAAAUGAUUAAUACUGGCAUUCUUUGGUUACCUUAGCAGCUAAAGUUCUUAAGUGAUGUCCAAGAAAGACUUACCUACUUCUCUUUUAUGCAUAAGGAAUAGUUAAUAUUAGAGUGAGGUUCCAUAAUAUUUGUCCACAAAGUCUCCUCCCACCACUUCCAAACACACACACUUAAAUACACAGACCUUUCUCCAUAACUUGUAAAGGGCUCCCUAACUGGUCCAUGUGAUACAAGGAUGAAGGAGCUGAAGACUGAUAUUCACAUCCCCAUUGUAAAGGAGGGGAAAUUAAGGUAUGAAACCGCUGAGCGACCUGGUAAUGGGCAGGCAGAUCAUGGAUGCAGAGAUAGAAAAAUUCCAAGAAAGUGUUUUAAAAAGUUCACUAGAAAAUCAAGGCAUAUUUAAUAUUAAUGGUAACCCAAUUACCUUGCUGUUAGUUCUAUCUUGGAUCAAAAUCAUUUUCUCAGUGUUAAAGUCAGUCUUUAUUUGGAGGCUUAGAAGUAAGUUGUCAGCACUCACGGGGUGAAGAGGGAUGCUCUGAGAUAAGUGAUGGCAAAAUUUUUGAACAAUGAGACGUGAGAAAUCAUUUUAGUUGCUCAUGACUUUCCUCAGACAAGAACAAGUGGAAAGCUUCUAAAGAUAUUUGUAGUUUUUUGUCAUCUAAAUAUAAUAGAGUAAAAAAGCUUAAAUAAUAUGCAUAAAACAAGAAAGCUGUAAAAUUAUGCUACAUUACUGCUUUGGUAAGGUGACUAGUAAUUUCAAAUGGCGAGUGGAAAGGGUAUUACUUGCUGAAAGUUGUAUGAGGAUGAAUAGUGAUGUGAAGAGAGUUUACAUUGUAAAAUUUGUUUUCUUUUUAAUGUCUAACUGGGAGUAUUAUCUAAGGCAAGUCUUUUUCCCUUUGUGUUUCAGAUAAGUGAAAGUAUGCCUCUAUUUCCCAAAGAAUAUAUGUGGAUAUAUUAGUGUUUGGGGAAGGGUUUAAUGACAGACAAAUUAAAAUUGGUUGUUUUUGCAAGAUGAUAAAUAGAGUUUUCUUGGAUGAAGGGUAACUAUUCCAUGAGUGAAGCCGAGUUUCCUCUGCAAGAGUGAAGGUGACUUGAGACUCUUGGAAUCACUUAGAAGUAGCAUUCUAAGGAAGCACAUGACUUCCUUUGUUCAGAGACAGAACAGUAGGUUUUAGUUCUAUAAUAAAGCCGUGCCCCACCAGCAGCACGUGAAGCUUAUUUAAACUCAGUUGCAAAUUGGCAAAAAGAAAAUUAUGAUUUAGAAAACUAUUUAAAUUGAGGAACUUCAACUGCCUAGUACUUCUUAUCGUAUAUUUUUUAAAAAUUAGGUUGCUAUAUAGAUUAGUAACUACACAAUCAUGUAUACUGUACUUUUAUUGGUUUGGGGGUGAUUUGCAAAGAUAAUUUUGAUUAUACUCGAUUUUUGCCUAAUGAACUUACCUUAGAGCCUAAGCCCCACUUAAGAAAAGACCCCACUGUAAUUUAACAUAUGUCUGUGAUCAUAACAUAAGGUUUUUCCCUGCAAAGCUACCUUAUUCCAGAUAACUUAUCUAGAUCAGGGAGGCAGCCCCUUUAAUCUAAUUUUAAUUUCAAAUCAGCCUGUAAAACCAAAUUAAUGGAAUAUUUAAGGUAAUGCUUUUUGUAUUUUCUGAUUUCAUCCUUGCACAACUUGGAUAGUUUUUGUUGAGGUAUCAUCAAAUGCCUGAAAUGAAAGGGAAUUUAAGGCUCACCGCCAGGGUCAUUUGCUAAGCUGGCAGUAGCUACCUUGUUCAUACGAAAGCUCAGUGGGGUGAUCAUGGGAGAAUAAUUUGAUGUUCAGGGUUGGUCCUCACACUGAUGAUUGCCCAGUAACUACCCUCCUCUUGCUCUCUUAAGCAGCCAACCCCAAAGGACUGAUGCAAUCUUUGCCUAGGAACCUUCUUGCAUAGGUGAAGGGUCUUACCUGGAAAUAACACCUGAUGGCUGUUAUUACAGAUAGAAUAUCUGCGGUAACAGACAUUUUUGGAGUUGCAUUUUGUUGGCAAUUUUCCCCUCAAAGUGCAGUAAAUAUGCAUCCGAUAAAAUAUAAUAGGAACUCAGCUUUCAGGGAGCCUAAUAAACCUCAGCCAGGCAGGACCUAUUGUUCGUGUUCACGUUUUCCUCAUCUAAUGUGGGAAUUAGCAGAGGAGAGUGCUCCGAACCGCUGCUUUUCUCAUGUUUCUCAGGUAGAAGCAGGAGAUAUUCACGAAUUUCUGUUUUCCUUCCUCCCUUUCUCCCUGACCCUUCAGAUUUAUGAGGAAUCCAAGAUGAAUUUGGAGCAGGAGAGGCCGUUUGUCUGCAGUGCCCCAGGCUGCUCCCAGCGCUUCCCAACAGAGGAUCAUCUGAUGAUUCAUAGGCACAAGCAUGAAAUGACUUUGAAGUUUCCCUCAAUAAAAACAGACAAUAUGUUAUCAGAUCAAACUCCAACCCCAACGAGAUUCCUGAAGAACUGCGAGGAGGUGGGGCUCUUCAGUGAGUUGGACUGCUCCCUAGAGCAUGAGUUCAGGAAGGCUCAGGAGGAAGAGAGCAGCAAGCGGAAUAUCUCGAUGCAUAACCCCGUUGGUGGGGCCAUGGCGGGGCCUGGAGCUCACCAGCUCGGCAGCGCCCGGAUGCCCAACCAUGACACCAGCGUUGUGAUUCAGCAAGCCAUGCCGUCACCCCAGUCCAGCUCUGUCAUCACGCAGGCCCCUUCCACCAACCGCCAGAUCGGGCCUGUCCCAGGCUCUCUAUCUUCUCUGCUCCAUCUUCACAACAGACAGAGACAGCCCAUGCCAGCCUCCAUGCCUGGGACCCUGCCCAACCCUACAAUGCCGGGCUCUUCUGCCGUCUUGAUGCCAAUGGAGAGACAAAUGUCAGUGAACUCCAACCUCCUGGGAAUGCAAGGUCCAAAUCUCAGCAACCCCUGUGCUUCUCCCCAAGUCCAGCCAAUGCAUUCAGAAGCUAAGAUGAGGCUGAAAGCUGCAUUGACUCACCACCCUGCUGCCAUGUCAAAUGGGAAUAUGAACACCAUGGGACACAUGAUGGAAAUGAUGGGCUCCCGGCAGGACCAGACGCCGCACCAUCACAUGCACUCACACCCGCAUCAGCACCAGACACUGCCGGCCCACCACCCCUACCCGCACCAGCACCAGCACCCAGCACACCACCCUCAUCCUCAGCCCCAUCACCAGCAGAACCACCCACAUCAUCACUCCCACUCCCACCUUCAUGCACACCCAGCACAUCACCAGACCUCGCCACACCCACCCCUGCACUCCGGCAACCAAGCACAGCAGGUUUCACCAGCAACACAACAGAUGCAGCCCACCCAGACAAUACAGCCGCCCCAGCCCACAGGGGGGCGCCGGCGAAGGGUGGUGGAUGAGGAUCCUGACGAGAGGCGGCGGAAAUUUCUGGAACGGAACCGGGCGGCCGCCACCCGCUGCAGACAGAAGAGGAAGGUCUGGGUGAUGUCACUGGAAAAGAAAGCAGAAGAGCUCACCCAGACAAACAUGCAGCUUCAGAACGAAGUGUCCAUGUUGAAGAACGAGGUGGCACAGCUGAAGCAGCUGUUGUUAACGCAUAAAGACUGCCCCAUAACAGCCAUGCAGAAAGAAUCACAAGGAUAUCUCAGUCCAGAGAGUAGCCCUCCUGCAAGUCCCACCCCCGCAUGCUCGCAGCAGCAGGUCAUCCAGCAUAACACCAUCACCACUUCCUCGGCAGUCAGCGAGGUGGUAGGAAGCUCCACCCUCAGCCAGCUCACCACUCACAGAACAGACCUGAACCCCAUCCUCUAAAAUCUGUGGGUCGCACCUUGCCUUCAAGAAGAGCUGUUGCAUAUCCUGCGUCCUUUCUUUUAAGGGCAUUUUUAGAAUUAACUCAGACCUGGAAGACUCCUCAGCCCUUCAAAGACUGGCUUUCAUUUUUAUAGUUAUUAUGGAAACGUUGUCUUUUAUACUUAGUUAUAUAAGAAAAAAGGGAGUUAUGCAAUUAAUAAUCUAUCAGCUUGGGAAAUGCUUUGGUGCUUUUCUCCAAUUUUCUGGUACCAGUUACUUGUUUAUAAACUGAACUCUUUCUGUACAUAGUCAUGGUUUCAUUCUUAUCAGUCAAACCCUUUGCCUGAAAUGUUGAAUCUUGUUAAACCGCAGCUUUUAGCCAAAAUGAGGCAUGCAUAGAUGUCCGGUAAACAGAUUGCAAGGCGACUGGGGGGUGGAGUCUGAUGACAUCAUAACUCAUGUUGAGUUUGUGCUAUGAUGUCACCAGAAUGCCAGGUAAACAUAGAGCCUUUUCCACAACUGUUUCUCUUACUAUUAAAAAAAUAUUAAUAGAAGCUCCAUUGAUGUCCAAAUAAAAUCAGCAAGGAUCUCGCCACUCCUCCUCCUCCUCUUGGUCCACUUCCUUGACAACCCAAUUUUCCUUUCCAUUUCCACUUUUACCUGGGCUCCCUGUUGACUUUUUAUUGUUACUUUCUUCUAUUUUAUUUUUUCCCUUUAGCAUUGCAUGUAAAGAAGAAAAUAAUGUUUAAAGGAAAAAAAAAAAAAAAAAAAACUAAUGCGGACCUAGCCUUGACUUCCCUUGCAUGUGACCCACAGCUGGAGUUCAUUCAACUCUUGCUUUUUACACAAGAGUAACCAGGAGACGUUUAAUGUGCCUGAUUUAAUGUUUUUAAUAAUCAGAACAAAUAAAAGGUGGCUUAGCCAUAGGUGAAGCACUGUUGAAUGCCAGCUGUGGAGACACUAGGGAAGGGAGCUUUAUAAGCCUCAAUUGUGAAAGUCCAAAUUACAAUGCAAGGCUAUAACAUCACACCCUCGAAUUACAACUGGUUUUAUAUGGCCUGUCUAUAAUGUUGAAAAUCCAUGUACUAUAUAAUAAUGCAGAAGGGCUCUAUUCACUACACGGAUUACAUUGUUCAGUCAUCAGCUGCUAAUAGCCUAAGAUUUAUUAUUGUUUUUUUCUUAAGCCUAUGGAACCGUCUUUGCUGUUCUGGUGGGUGAAAGUAGACAAACUACUGGAGGAAGAAAGAGAGAAAGAAAACUUCAUGUUUCCGUAGAGCUGCUCUCAGCCCUUCCACCACAGUUAAAGCACUCUGGCUGUUGAAAGGAUCCCAUGGAUAUGGCUACUCCACUCUUCUGCAUAAUUCUGGUUUACAUUUUCAGCAACUCUUCUGGACUUUCCCAUUAUAAAAAGCAGACAGUUGUGCCUCCUUGAAACAAGCCAUUUUACUUGGUGAAGGUUUUCAUAUCACAACUCACAAGUAACGGGGGCUAAUGUUUUGCUCUAGUGCUCUAGGCAGGGCUGGUGUUUCAUCUCUAUGUGAAUGCUUGACCUCCAAACAUGAGUGUGUGUGUGUGUGUGUGUGUGUGUGUGUGUGAGAGAGAGAGAGAGAGAGAAAGGGAGACAGAGACAGAGACAGACAGAGAGAGGGGAAGAUUAUGGGAUUUAAAAGAACAGUAUUUUACAAAAUGUGUAGCUUUUUUAAGAGUUCAGAAUAGGGAAGGAUGUGAUUUUUUUCUCUCACUAUAGUAUAAUAAUCUAUUUUGGAGAAAAAAAGAAAAUAUAAGGGUCAUGAAGCAUGGUUUUUAUAACUAGUUUUAGUUUUAUCUAAUAACUUGCUUUUUAAAUCAAUAUUUAUCAACAAUCUUUUCAUGUAUGCAGUGCUUUCAAAAAGAAAGUUUUGAGUUUCCAGGAAAACUCAUAACUUGGAUAUAUGAUCUAAAAAAAUCAAAACAAAAACAAAAGCGAAAAAAAAAAGAGAAAAGAGAAAAAAAGAAAAAAAUGCAAACGAGAAAAGGAUUUUCUAUUAUAUUUUAGACAAACAUAUCAUUUUUAAGUAUUUUAAAUACUGAAUUCAUGAUUGUUUUAUUUUGUUUUGAAUCCCAGCAGGAAUAGCUAAAUGGUUUAACCAAACUGGCUUCAUAAGAAGUUUAAGAUUUAGCUCAAAAAGCAGUUAAUAGCCUUAUCUCUAUUUUGAAAUCAAAAAUAGUUUUUUUCUAAACUCCUUCCUAGGACCAUUUAGGUGUCCCCCUAAAAAGGAGAAAGAGCUCAUUGAAAUAUUUGUUUGGGUUUUUUAAUUUUUAUUUUAUUUUUGUUUUGCUUUAAGUGAAAAAUAUUUUCUUUCUUUCCUGCAUGCAUAGCACUUAAUGAAAUGGAUUUUUUAAAAAUCCACUGGUGAUAUCAGAAUGUCCAAGGAGUGGGCUGUCACUAAAAUUGUGGUUUACUUUACUUCUGUUCCACCUCUUAAUUGAAAUAUUUAGUUGUGAAACCGAAAGCCUCUGCAGUUAAGAACUUGCCUGAGUUUUCUUAAUUCAGCAACUUGACAGUUUGACUGAUGUGCAUUAUGUAUAGCUCAAUUAUGUCUGUUUUUUAUGCUAAGUAGGCAAACCAACCACACACACGUUAGCAAACGGGCCUCAACGUAUAAUUAGAAUACACUGUCUUCUUGUUAUACUCAGGGCCUUUAGGUAUGUUCAUUAGUGGUGUGGAAAUAGAUUAAAUGGAAGAUGCCAGCGAAUCGUCAGCGCUUCUUGAAAUCCUGAGCAGAAAAGCUCACUGGUCAAAUCUAGCACUCAGCUUAUCAAUAUGAAAUAUUUCACUUGAAAGCCUGGCUUUCACCAGACCAUCAUAGAAUCAUUGGUCUGCCUGAACAUCUAUCCUUCUUGCCCCACACUUUUUGCCAGUCUGAGGAGACAUUCUGCCCUGUUCUCCCCUCCCACCCAGCUACUAGGCCACGCACUCAUAUUGUCAUAGAUGGGUUGCAGUGACCUUCAGCGCACGCAUGCUAAGAGGGGAGGGCUGGCAGCCAUGCGCUGCCUCUCCUCGUUCCCAGGUGGGUUGCUAUCAGCAGAAUCUGCCUUUGAAGACACUACCAACUUGGCCUGGAAACUUCCACAGCACCUCCCCUGCCUCCUGUGAUGGGAACUAGCUUCCAAGAUAGGGAUGCCUGAUAGUGUUCCUGCCAGGUUGGUUGUCACCUACUCUGAGCUAUUCCCAUCUCAAUCGUUUCUCCUAAAGACAUUUUUCAACAUAUAUGGGGACAGUAGAGUGGAAAUCCUCCCUGUGGAUGAAUGCACUCAUUUUAAGGCCUGGUGUGGGGUUGAAUGUUUUCCCUCUUCCCUUCCCCUCAGCCCUCUCCUGUCUCCGCAUCAGUGUUCACCCGUCGGAGUCUUUACGCGGCUGUGGGGAUGAGCAAUUUGUAUGCUGUCACUGCCUGCGUCCUUAUCACAAGGGUUACUUACUCGGAGCAGUUGCUGUUUGGAGCCUGUCGGGUUCAUGAAAUCAAACGCAGCACGUGUUCUGAACGGAGGGGCAUCCACGGUGAAUGUUCAGGUAGUUGUUCUCUGUUAGUUCAGUAAAUCAUUGUGUGUCAGUUGAGUUUGUCAUUAAAAUCAACCAGCUGUGAGAAAAGACCAGCCAUUGGCUGGGGGGUUUUAAGCAUCUAUAACUGCUACAAACCUAGCCAUCCAGUUAGGAUAGAAUGUGCUUCUUUCUGGUUAAUAAAAACCAUCUAAGAAAAUAUAUAUGUAUGUAUGUGUGUAUACAGUGGAAUUCAAGGACCAAAGCAAAAUUUGAACAGGAAUCUAUUAAUUUAGAAUUUUAUAAGAUAUUUAUUAAUAAAUGUUAUUUUUAAACAUUCCAUUUGAACAAUAUUCUUCUGUAGGAUCUAUUUGUUUUUAAAGGAUUAGUUCAUAAUUAACUACUCUAGAUGUGUAUAUCUUCCUUUUUCAGGGUUUCAAAUGGCUAUUCUCCAUCAUCUGGUGGAAAUAUCUGUUUAGAUCUCUGUGCAUAGAAAUUUCAAGGAUUUUUAUUGCUCUGUGAGUUGUUUUUUAAUCUAUGUUCAGAACAGUUUUAAAUCAUCUAUUUCUUUUUUUUUUUUUUUUCACUUGUAAAGUAAGCUCUUUCCUUUAGGAAGCAGAGUUCAGCUAAAGGGAAUCUGUAACUAUAACUGGAACAGCUGUCUUGUUAAAGUGUAAAAACAGCUUCAUCUCUGCUUCUCCCCACUGCACUCCAACUUCCUAGAAUGCCUUGCACUAUUUAGCUUUGUUGGUGCUUUUCUUGUCCCUUCGCAAACCGUGUGCAGUAGCUUUAAGCCAUUCAAGUUCCAUUAUGCAGUGUAUCUGAGAAGGGAAAGGAAACGACAUGUUUAAAUUGGAAUAAAAAUGUGCCUAUGCGAACAGUAGCGACUUAGAAUCUCUCUUCUGCUUUUAAAAUAAUUUAUAUUUUAAAAUUGCACUUUAGCAUUUGUAAUCGUUGUCAGUUUCCCUCGUUCUCUUUCGAACCUCCUCCCUGUCCUCAAACUUGCCUUCACUCUUUCCUUCCCAGCCCCCUACCUCCCCCAAGCUUCCUCUAAGGCUCUGAACUGCAUCAUUUAAAAUACUUUAUGGAAUAUGUGCCCCAGGUACCUUUGUGUGCAUUCACCAGUAGCAUAGCCAAGACGCAUUCCUCACAUCCGCCUAGGUGAAGCCUGCUACGAGAAUGCCAAGGAAAAGAGCCAGUUUAUACUCUUUAUCCCUUUAUUCAUAGCAUGGUUUUUUCAAAUGUUAUGUAACAGACAUGAAGCAGCAACUAUGCUAUACUUCAGAAUUUUCUAUCUCAUCCUCCAAACCAAAGUGUCCUGAAGGAGCCAGGAGACUUAUUCUUUUCGUGCGUCACUGUGCAUGUUGGACUGAGGUCCUCACCAUCGUCUCUUUGGGCUGCUGAAAAAACUGUGGCCCUAACCAUUUCAUUCUUGGUUUCAAAAAUACAGUGUUGCCUUGUACCGUAAUUAGGGACAGCACCUCUUUUUUACAAUUAUAAUCUAAGAAAGGACAAGAAGACACUGAAGCAAUAAACUUAAAAGUAAAAUCCAAUACCAAAACAAAAGAAACAAACAGAAAAAAACCCUUGCUCAUCAUGUUGUGAAAUUGAAGAAGUGUAUGUCCAUUCAAAAUAUUUUACUAUUUCUUGUGGAGUUUUUCAGUGAUCUAAUGCUUAUAGCCAAAUUGCUUAAAGAGCAUUUAUAUAUUUUUUUUCUUAUAAAUUGUCUAUUUUUAAAAAAAAAAGCUAUUUAACCACAAGUUGAAAAGGGUGGGGGUAAGGCCAAAUCGCCAGCAUUUGUUAAAAGAUUAAUACUCUUAAGUGGCGCUCUGAUACCUUUCCAAGUUGAUCAUCACAGGGGGAUCAAUAAUUAUCAGCUGUUCUAUUUAGACCAACUUACAACAUCUAGCUCAUUAGAAGCCAGGAUUUGGAAAGCUCUUCCGAAACCAUUGAAGAUUUUCUUACAUUGAGUUUCAUUUUAUAGAACUUUCUAGGAUUUUUUGUUUUAACAGAAUCAUUUUAGCCUCAAGACUGAGAAUGUGGAGAGCCUGAAUAAAUUAGCUUUAAGUACAUCAUUAAAAUCUUAUGCACAAUAAGCUCAUUAGAAUCUAGUUUGCUCCUUUAGAAUACCAAGUCUAUAGAUGCUAUAGGACGUGAUGAAAGGUAUCAACCAUGCUGAAGUGGAGGGGGUUUCAGAGAAAGGGCCCUUCCCCACCAGCCAGCCAGUAGAACAGAAGACCUACUCACCCUUUUUCCUUCUUCAUUCUGCUAAAUCCACACCUGCCUCAUAGAGAGAGGAGUUCUGCCUUUGAGGUUUGUCUUGGAGAAAAGAUAAGCUUGAAAUGUUCUCCCUACAGAGGACAUGGGAUUUGGGAUCUUCCGAAAAGCCCCAGGGAAAAAAAAUGGAUCAGUUCGAAUACAGUGUUCUAGGACAAUUGGAAUAUAAGUAUUGUCCAAAAAUAGAAUUAAAAGAAGAAAACAAAGUUAGCAUUUUCCUAAGUGUUAACUAAGGAAGUCCUCAAAAAAUGGUGCUGUCACUUGGGGUGGGUGGGGUUGUUUGGAAUUGUAAACAGCAAAGCAUUUGUGUUUGUUUGUCUAUUUGUAAAGCAACCACCUUCCUUAUUGGAAGGAGAAAAAACUGGGGGUACAUACAUGUAAAUACUUGCAGCAGCAUUUAAUAUGUUUAAUUUUAUGUUAAGCUUUUUGUUGCAUCGUGAAGACAUUUAUUGUUACCAAUGGACAAUGAGUUCAUUAAGACUGUUCAACUAGGUCAGAUUUUUACAUCUCUUUAUAGCAAGAAGAGACAAGAUUUUGUGCAUUUGUACAAAUGUUAAUAAUAUCACUGCAAUUCCAAUAUAAUAAAGCACUUAAAUGCAAAUAA